GUUAACAUCCAUCCUUUGAUCAUCCAGAGCUGAUAGCAGCUAACGGAAGCUAACUAGCUAGUCUACGUUAGGUCUGUCGGUCUGGAGGAGCAUCACCAGCUGAGUUAUUCCUCCCCCGUCUCCCUGCUCUUAUUACAUGGCUGUUGAACCGUAAACGCACGGUAGUCACCGACAUCUACCGGAGUAGUAUGCUUUAUAUACACACGCAUAGCCAGCAGUGUGACCUUGUUAUAGCUGCUAACGUGCUCGGUUCAACAGUAUGUGGCUAGCUGUUAGCUAGGCUAGGUGGCUAACUAAUGCUAGCAGCUGGGCUGAUGCUCUUUCUUCCAGCAUCUGGACUGAACCUGAACUGACUGACUGGCAGGCUCUUCUACUGGUGGGACUCCGUUGCUGCCAUGUCCAGGCGAAGCAGGAACAGUCGUGCAUGGCGAUACGUUUGGGGUGGGAUACGACGGGAUGCUGACGCCCGGGCACUUGAAGAAUGGAGCUAUGACCGCCUAGAGUACAGUGAUUCAGACUCUGAGGCGGACUUUUCAGCAGUGAUGGUCCCUCCAGUCCCAAGUGCAGUGCCUGUCACCGGAGAGUCCUACUGUGGCUGCGACUCCCAGGCUGAGACCAACUACAACCCUCGUCUGCGAGGUUUUCACCAGGUUAAAGACUGCCACUGUGGAGAGGAUGACCAAGAGUUCGACUGGGCUUGGGAUGCCAACAGCCGAUCGACAGCAACAUUGCUGAGCUGCGACAAUCGCAAAGUGAACUUCCACUCUGAAUACAGCUGUGGCACAGCAGCAAUCCGUGGCUCCAAGGAGCUGGCUGAAGGGCAGCACUUCUGGGAGAUCAAGAUGACGUCCCCAGUGUAUGGAACAGACAUGAUGGUCGGCAUCGGUACUUGUGAUGUCAAUCUAGACAAAUACAGACACACGUUCUGCAGCCUGUUGGGAAAAGAUGCAGACAGCUGGGGUCUUUCUUACACCGGCUUGUUGCAUCAUAAAGGAGACAAGAUGAACUUCUCCUCCCGGUUCGGACAAGGGUCCAUCAUUGGAAUUCAUCUGGACACGUGGCACGGCACACUCACUUUCUUCAAAAAUCGCAAGUGUAUAGGUGUUGCUGCCACAGAGCUACAAAAUAAGAAGUUUUAUCCGAUGGCGUGCUCCACAGCAGCGAAGAGCAGCAUGAAGGUGAUCAGAUCCUGCUCCGCGCCCACCUCCCUGCUCUACCUUUGCUGUGCUCGCCUUCGCCAGCUGCUGCCGGACUGUAUAGACACCCUAGAUGUGUUGCCACUGCCGCCGGGCCUUCGCCAGUUGCUCCACAACAAACUGGGUUGGGUGCUCAGUCUCAAUAGUGGCACCACAGAAGAAACCCCAGAUGGGCCUGAGCGCCCCUCACGCUUGCCUAACCCCCCCCUGGCCGGACCGUCCUCCUCUGAGAGCGACUCAGAGGGUUGUACGUCCGACCCAGAAGCCUGUCAGAGGAAGAGAUGCCGCUGGACGUGACUGGACAGCUCGGUUCCUACCUCCCCUUAAACACUGGCAGACACUACGGCAUCUGAUCGAGUGUUUCCUACCUGCCUCAAGCUUUCCUCGACAUUAAUGUUAUCCAGUAGUGAAGAAAAUAAGCAGGAUCGGAGUGGUACGUAGGCGGAAAACUGUGACGGCAGUAUUUCUGCCCGCACGCUUUUACUGUGACCUUCUCUCAUGCCAUUCAGAUGUCUUCAUCAUAUAGUCAGUAUCCAAACCAGCUUCAGUAAUAAGUGAAAAGAUGCGUUAUUUUGUUAGCUAGUAUAAUUUGUUGCCAUUCAUGUGUGGGGAUUAGUGAAAUGGUGCAGGAACGGACUGUACAGUGUAACACUGAAGUCAAGUAUGGCCACAUUUUGGUGGUCAUUCUGGUAUAUUUGCAGAAAAGGGGGUUUCAAAAAUGAGAGACUGUAUAUUUUCUGUGUUUUCAACCUGUAUGCAAAUAAUGUAUAUUGUUCUCAAAUGCAUUAUCAAAGUAAUCUGUUACCUGUUUUACUGGCACCUGCAAUUUUCUGGUAGGUUGCCAAAGUGAAAAUCCCAUGAGUCGAAGCGACACGCCAUAGGUCAUAGAGUAUUCUUUAUUUCUUACCCACAGGUUACAGCUCUAAAACGUAACUGUUUAGACGGAUCAAAAACGUAAUAAAUGUUAGAAGGAGGUGGAGUGAACCUGAAUGUACUUUGCAGCUUUUAGUCCUCCGAAAAUGAAAAUAUUACAUUUUGUCCGUCAUGGAACAGCCAUCAUCUCCAAGAUUCUUGUUUCUUGAGAAACUUGAGAAAAAAAAGUAAAAUAUCUGUGACAUUUAUGGCAACAUCCAUCUGUCACCAGCUUUUGAAAGUCUCCUGUUGAAAUCGUACGCUACUUGUUUGUAGAAAACUAUGGAUUUCCUCUUCUAAAAGAUGUAAGCAGUAUACCUUAUUUAGUGUAGCUCUUUUAAAACUGAUCAUGAGACAAGUAUGCCACUCAGAAGAGACUGCCACACAUUUAAAGUAACUUUUCAUCGCUGUUAUACCUUAUCCUUAUUUUAGACCUUUUUAAAAGACUAGAAGAAGAGAUUAUAUGAGCAGUUUUAAUGUUUUUUUUUGUACUGAUCUGUUUAUGCAAGUGCGUUCUUUUGCCUUGUCCCAUCACUUCCUUUACCAACUUCUCUUAAGUGUAAUUAAUUAAAGUCGUACUAUAUUCUAAAUCCUUUUAGUAUCAAACACUCAGCCCCUGUUGGCCGGAAAGGUGGAUGUGAAAAGCUCCUUGUUUCCCCAUUAAAGGAGAUCUGUGGUCGGCACGAAUUAGAUUCCAAUUAUGACAAGUUUUCACAGCAGGAGAUGAGUUUCAAUACGGUUAUAGAAACUUUUCAUACCGCUCCUGCAGCAGUUUGCAACGUCUCAUUUUCCUCUGUGAAAUACAAAUAUUUUACAGCCACCUUUAGCGUACAGGGGCUGAGUGGUGUUAAGAUCAAUUCAUGUAUUACUUAAUCAUGAAUGACUGAGGAGGCAAAUGUUACCCCUGGGUCAGGGAUGUAAAUAAUUCUUAUUUUUAGUUUCUUUGGAGUGUCAAACCAUAACAAUAUAAGUAUUAAAAUAGUGUUUAACUCAGUAGUUGAAGCUACACAGUCUGCCAACUGCUGCCUCAGUCACCAGUCUUUGAUCACUCCUCAAGGGUCUUGGUUUAAGUAGACACAAAGAUUUAAGGUACUAUGCAAUACAAGCAUCUUAUGUGAUAAUGGUUUUCAGGAGGAAUGUGUGCUUUAAGAUGUUAUGACUGACACAACAACAGCGGUGAAGGUACCAGAGGACCACGAUCAUUAGUCAUGAGUAAUGUGACUUGAUGCACUUAAUCCUGUCCAGUUGAGUAAUUAUUGAUCAGAUUUAUCCCUCUAGAUCUAGUCAUGUAACCACCAAGAGGUUAGUUGUAGUCCAUCAGAUGUAUUUUGGUCUUAUUUCACAGUACUUGUCUUCACUUUGAUGCAUCCAUGCACUUUUUCUUACUGUUGUACUGUAAAUAGGAAAAAUUCUAAGUGUUUCUUCUAUACCAUGUUAUAUUAAUACUGUAUGUGAAGGCCUUUACUCGCCUUUUUCUGUAUAACUUAUCAGCAUGAUUUUCAGCUGAAAAUAAAAUGAAUGCUAAAUAUGCACAAAA